AUGUCUUGCGAUGACUCGUCCGGAUUGAGACGAAUGAGCUCUUCGGACAAGAAGACAAUGUCUGACAGCGCGACACCCGAAGACACGAUCAGAAAAUCUCAUCAAAUGAAUGGUCAGUCGAUGGAAAUGAAGAGACAGAUCUCGAUUGCGGACAACUCUCUGUUCUCCGCCAAAGCCAUCCGUUGUGUCGUCUUGUGGUAUAUCUUCAGUUUCACGACACUCUUCCUCAACAAAUACAUCGUCUCCUACGAGAAGGGAGACACCACUAUGUUAGGUGACACAUCCCUGUCCUCCCUGUCCAUCACAUGCAUCACUAAUUUGGUCUUAUUUUUGUCCCAAUCACAAUCCAAGCCAUCCAAUGGACACCAAUUUGAGAUCAAACUUAAGAACUUCACUAAAAAUUUAUUAGUUGUCGGAAGUCUUAGAUUCUCGACGAUAGUGUUGGGACUGAUAGCCCUCUGGUUUGUUGAGGUGUCGUUCGCCGAGACUGUCAAGAGUUCUGCGCCCGUCUUCACAGUACUCAUCGCACGGGUAGUUUUGGGUGAAAAGACAUCGCUUUUAGUCAAUCUUUCAUUGAUUCCUGUGAUGAGUGGACUCGUCCUCUGCUCUGCCUUUGAGAUGAGAUUCACAUUAAUUGGUUUAUUUGCAUCUUUGGCGACCAAUUUGUCCGAAUGCUUUCAAAAUGUAUUUUCCAAGAGAUUGUUGAAUGUGGAACAGUACGAGCCCUCACACCUCCAGUUUUAUACCAGCUUUUCAUCGAUGAUCGUUCAGAUUCCUUGUGUCUUAAUUCUCGUGGAUGUGUCACACUUUGUGCACUCCAUUCACACCGAAAAGAACUUACUUCUCACUUACAUAUUGGCCGGCAUUUCAUUUCACUGUCAAAGUUAUACCGAAUAUAUUCUUCUCAAUUUGAUAUCUCCCGUAACGCACAGUGUGGCCAACACUGCGAAGCGAGCGUUUCUCAUCUGGUUGUCUGUUAUUAUAUUUGGAAAUCCAGUCACAACCCAGAGUUGGAUUGGAACAGCUAUUGUGAUAUCCGGGGUCUUCAUCUACAACAAGACCCGACAAUUAUCGUCCACUAAAAGUACUUCUGAACCACAUUAUAGCUCUUUAUUGCAGACUGAGACUCACAACGUCUGACUUUUGCACUAA